CAAUUGUCCCCUGAGCAAGUAUGAUAAACAUCAGCCAUCCAAACAUUCACGGGAAACCACCCGUUAAGAGAUCCCUCCCAACGAAUGGCAUCGUCUCGAAGCAGAUAGAAAUCACGGAAGAGACUGUCGUCUACAAGAAAGGGGAGUUUGACGAUAAUGCAAAUGUGGAAACGAAGAAAGCUGAUUAUAACCAAAAUAUUAUCGAGACUACGUCGUGCUCGUUCGAACAACUCUGCAACAUGAUCGACGAUCUGGAGAAGAACAUUGCUAGCGAAAUUCCAGAAAUGGAUCGACUCCAGUUAGAACCGGAGAAAGACGACUCGAGAGACAGACACGGAUCCACCGAGACUUACGACGACAUAAUGUCCUUUUUAGCGAAACUCGAAGAUGGUUCUCUGGACGCGACGAAAGUGAGCGUACCGGAAGUGGACGCCGCCAUGCUGCAAGAGAUAUUCGCCAAUUCGCAACCGUUGCCUUGCUGAAAUUCUGUUCGUUUCUCUAGCACAGUUACAGCCAAGAACGCGGACCACGUCCCUCGCGUGUUCGAAGAAGAUUUGACCACGGCGCAUUUGCAGCUCGAGGAGAAAACCGCUACGGUGACGCUUCUAAGAGAGCAACUAAAGUCCGAGAGGAAGUUGGCCUGCGAGAAACUGGAAGCUCAGAGCAAGAGCAGCGCGUCGAAUCUACAGGCGCAAGAGGACAAAUACAAGGGAAUCGUGAAGAGACACCAAAAGUUCGUCGAGCAACUCAUCACGGAGAAAACCGAUCUGACCGAAAAAUGCAACUCGCUGGCGCAGAGGGUCAAGGAAAUCGAAAUAAAGAUGCAACGAGAUAUGAAAUGCGCCGCUGACAGACACGAGGUGGAACUGCAAAGGGCGAGGGAGCACUGCGCCGCGGCUGAAAAGAUCAAAAGGGAGCGAUGGAUAGAGGCCAGAACGACGAAGAUCAAGGAGAUGACCGUGAAAGGGCUGGAGCCCGAGUUGCGAAACAUGAUGGAGAAGCACGCCGAAGAAAUUCAGAGACUGAGAAACGUGCACAUGAAAGAAUUGCAGGACGCGGAAUUGCGGAUAAUACGCAGAUCGAAUCAACAGUUGGAGCAGCUCCGACUGGAGCUCACCGAGAGCCAUGAAAGGAUACUAACUAACGAAAAGAAUAUUUUGUGGACCAGAUACAAGGAUAAGUUGGAGGAGCAAGAGGCCCAGUUUAAAGAACGACAAACGAAGUUCAUAGAAGAGUUGCAGUACGACAGGGAUAAGUUCAGCAGAGAACAAGCAAAACGCGACGCUGAAAUGGAGGCAGAGUUGCAACGAAUUCGUCUACACUGUCAGCAAGAAAUAGAAACACUGAAGCAACAACAUUCGAACGAAAAGAAAGCUCUUCAGGAGUCGUUGAAGACGGAGUGGGAGACUUGGCUCGCCGAUUAUAAGAGACAACAGAAUUUGAAGUUUGAAAAGGCUGAGAGUAAAAUACGGGACGACUGCUAUAAAGAAAGAGAUCGACAUAUCGAAAUUGCUAUCGGACGCCUCGAAAAAGAUUGUCGAGAAACGAAAUUGGCCCUACAGCGAAAUUUUGAUUGCAAACUUCGAUCUUUGCGGGAGAAGUUCGAAAUGGACCUGCAAACUGCGAGAGAUAACGAACAGUUCCACAAAAACAAGUUAGCGCAGACUCAAGAUAAACUCGACAGAACUGAGGUUGAAUUGCAGAAGGCAGAGAAAAAAUUGGAAGGGUGUUUGUCUGACUGGAACAACGUAAACGAGGCGGUAAAACGAUUAAGUGUGGAGAAGGCUAAUGCCAAGAAACUGGCGAGGCAAGAGAUCGAAGUAGAGAAAAGAGAACUGGAAGAUAAGAUAACUUCCCUUUACCAAGAAAUAACUCGAAAUAAUACAAACAGGGACGCAUCAAUGGCUCAACUCCACAGCAGAAUUAAACUAAUAAUGACUCAAAAGGUUCUAACGAUAAAAAAUCUUACCAAACAACUUAAUGACGUUAAAUCGAAGUGCCAACAUUUCGAGAAAUUAUUGGACCAACAAAGGAGGGAAUACAUUUUGAAAAGCUUAUGAAUGACAACUGUUGACAUGUAUCGGUUACUUAUAUUUUUAUUUUAUAUUUUUUUUGUGCACUCGGAUACCUUCCGUUUCAUCAGAAAUAAACACAGUAUUUUUAAACGUUUAAACAACUUCCAAGUAAUUUAUACAUUUAUUUGAUAGAAAACUAAUUUUCAACCACUCCUAACAAAUACUCUUCGAUUGUAUGUAUACAGUGAAAAGUUAUUUUAUACGUUGAUUAUCUAUUUCGCU